AUGCGUUACACCACUUUAUAUGGCAGCCUUAUGGGUGAUGGAGGUGGUGACAGAGGAGGUGAUGGUGGAGGAGACAAAGGUGGUAGGAGGGGAGGAAGGAUUGGAUGGGGGAGAGGCAAAAUUGGAGAUAAGAGAGGAGGUAGGAGAGGGGGUAGAGGAUUAGGAGCCAAAACUGGAGGAGGUGAUGAGAUUAGUGGAGGUGAUGGAGGGCAGGUUGGAGGAGAUGAUGUCCCAGUGGGAGAGGGUGUAGAUGAUGAGAUGGAUGUGGAUAUCCUUGACACCUUAGGGGAGAGUAGUGAUGUUUCAUCAAAUUCUUCCAGCGUCCAUGAUUCAGAGGACUCUAGUAAGGUGGAUAAUUCAAAUGAGGAGGGUGAUGAUUGUGGUGGGAAGAUGGUAGCUAUAAAGGCAUAG